AUGAACUGCACAUUUGGGUGCAUGGCCCAGUUGCUAACCCAGGAUAUCAGAACUCUGAAUGACCACCCAACGACUGUGGAGGAACACGCCAUAAAUGCCAAGGUCAAUUUGGUUUUGGCGGCUAUGUGUUCCCAGUUCCACUCUGAAUACAGCGCUGAAAUCAUUUGGUUUGUCAUUGGCAGGAUCCGGCGGCACUACAUCGUGAAUGAUGGCACAAUCAUUGAGUGCUUUGAUGAUGAUGUUAAGGGUAGCGAGGCGGUUGACACAGGGGGGAGUUCAGGGACUGACCUCGACCUUACCCUUGCUGGCCUUUCUCUUGCUGAGCCUGCGGCCCUUUCUGAGCCUACUGUCAUCCCUACUAUCCGUAGUACUACCCCUACCACCCCAACUCCUACCACCCCAACUCCUACCGUGAUUCGUGCAGCAGCAGCAAAUUCUCCAUUAGGCCCUGAGCCUACUGACCAUAACCCUGAGCCUACUGUCAUCCCUGCCACCCCUACCACCCCUAAGGUAUCUCCAUUUGACGCUAACACGGACAGUGACUAA